UUGCGGGCUGGGUGGACGGGGAAGCGGAGGAAGACCCGGGGGACAAGGUGCUGUGGGGGCGAGCGAGCAAGAGCCUUCCCCGCCCCUCGACGCCGCGGAGGUCUACCGAGCAGCUGGCGACGCUGCAGCGCGACGAGCUCCUCAAGCAGGCGGAGGCGGCCGAGGCGGCGGCGCGGGGGAAGCACGACGCGCGGCCCGAGCACCCCGCGCGCUGGCAAGGCCAUGCGCCGAUGGACUCGCGCGACGGGCGGCAGCAGAAGCGGUGCGUGCAGCAGCUCCGCGUGGCGGGGCGGGGACGGGCGGAGAGAGAGAACAGUCCGUUAACCGACGGCCGAGAUUGCUCGUCCAGGCGCAAGAUGGCGUGGACACCCGACGAGGACGCGAAUAUCCUGGCCGCCAUCCGCGCGCUCGGCACGCAGUGGGCGCUCAUCGCGCAAAAGCUGGAGCGCAGCGCACCGCGGACGGACGCAGUACAGUUAGCCGCCAGAGGUGAGGCAUUCACACCGCGAUGCUCGUGUCCCGUCACAGGAGCACCGCACGCCCGACGCCGUGCGGAACCGGUGGCACCAUCUCCAGCAGUCGCUCAACCUCAGCCACGUCGGGCAGCACGGUGUGAACAGCGUCUCUUCACACCUCUGGCUGUGAACAGGUCGCUCAACCUCAGCCACGUCGGGCACGAUUCGGCGGCGGCGUCCGCCGCAGGCACCGCGAUGCGUGUCAACGCGGAGCCAAUCAAGGAACAGUGUGAAGUGUCGAUUGCUUAAGAUUCAUCAACAGGCACCAUGAUGCGUGUCAACGCGGAGCAGCCAGCCCCCGCGCCCGUCCCUCCCCCGGUGCC